ACGAACUAGCAUCGGGUAUGUAAACACCUUUUUGAGAAGUAAACGUAAUAAAGAUUCCGUGAGUGAAUACUGUGAUAAUCCGACUCCUCUCCUUUUCCCGAACAUAUCUAUCCGUUCCAUCGCUUGCCUCUAGUAUAAUACUCUAACCAUAAGUAAUAAGACUCAUCCUUAGGGACAGGUUGAGAGUUCCCCAGUGGCUGCUUUGUGUUGGUAGAGACAAUGGCAGAGAAGUACUUGUUCCACCAGACAGGAAUGGUGGAGGAGAUGUUCCUGCCAGGCAAGGUGAUACUCACCUUCCUGCUGAACGGGCAGGUCCAGCGUGUGCUGCUGUGGGUCAAGUCUUUCAUACACCAGGGUAAGCUGCUGGAUAAGACUGACAGCUUUGCCAACAAACUCAGCAUAGGAGAUGUGGUACACUUUGACUGCCAUGUGUAUGAUAAGGAGUCAAGCGACCAUUGCCAGUGGUAUGCCGCUCGGGCCAGCAAGGAGCCUGUGAGUGAGGCGAGUGUGCAGCCCAACACCAAGGUCAUCAACCGCAGUGGGUAUAUCUCAGAGGUGGAUCCUGGCAAGGGAGUGAUCCUCUUUGAUUUUUAUGACGAGGAGCAGCGAGUGUUCUUUAUGCGCUCCAAGUUCUUCCUCUUCGGCAAGCGACUGACCGGCAAGCGCAGUCUCCAGGAGUUCCUCAGUGAAAAUGACCCACUGCAGUUUGAUGCUGAGAUGUGCGAGCCAAGUGAUGAAAACUAUAACUGUAAUUGGUUUGCCACUCUGGUGUGGAAGGGCAAGAAGCCAGUAGGCAUGGGUCCCGGUGGGCUGAUAGGCUAUACAGCAGGGGCUACAAAUGACCUUGGCAUGGAGGAGAUAAGCAGCACAUCAUCAGGAGUGACACCAAGUGGCUAUGAUGAAUUCCCAACCCUGAGCCUCCCGCCAGGCCUCAUAGACAAGCAGGGGUACAAGGCCUUCGAGGUGAGCAACAGUCCACGGGAGGGCCGUGGCAAUGUACUCAAGCUGUUCAAUGAAGAGAGUGGCCUUGCCCUGUGGAUGGUGCGCUGCAACACCUGGGAGACAGUCUUCUUCCACCGACGUAAUGCCUUCCUCGACACUGUCUCCCUCAGGAACUUUGACAUCCAGGAAUCUUUUUCAGAGGGGACAUCAGUGGAGAUCUCUGCAGUGCCAGCCCUGGCUGAGUUUCCAUGUCGGUGGAUAGCACGGCGAGUGGUGGCACGGUGCUAAUGUACAUUCACAAUAGCUGGCUAUAAUUAGGCUUCUAAGAAAAUUUCUUCUUGAAUAUUCUUUUAUAUGAGAGAAUGCAAGUGUUGUGAUAGUAUAACUUAUACAUUAAGGUGACAUGUAUUGUCACUUUGAUGUUUAUGCUAUAUACCUCAUCCUAGAUGUGUUAGGUCACAUUUAAGGAGUAAGCUGAAGUAAGCUCACAGCAAGAGAUAAAUAUCUUUUGUUAAAACUUUCAUACACUUACUUAUUUCCAUUUUGCUGCAUUCCAUAUUUUUCAUGGAUAAUUUUCUUAUUUCAAAUUUUGUCAACAAUAUAUGGUCCAAAAUGAUCAGAUAAAAUUACAUCUCUUUCCUGAUUAAUGGUCAAAAGGAAGGACUACAAGCCAUUACCUUAUCUUCCAAGAUAAGGUCAAUAAUACACAAAACAUAUUAACACCUUUUAUACUGAAUCUGAGUUAACAGUUGUUAAAGUUUAAUAUUGAUACACUGUAACCUAUGUAUACAAGUAAAAAAAAGUUAUGUACCUAUAUAUUUGAAAGAUCAACUAGGAAUGGACGGAUCUGUUUGAAACCAAAAGAUAUGUAAGAAAAAUUUGGCUUGUUACCCUUGGCCAACACAGUGACACAGGACAUACAUUCAGACAGACAUACAAUUUUUUUUUUUUCUUACACCUGUCAAAUCAUUUCAUGCAAGUCUCUCUCCAUUGCCUCAUUCACUCUGCCUACUUCAUGUCUGGUAAUACCUAGUUCCUAGUUCUAACGAUAUAUAUAUUUUUGUGUAUAAUUCACAAUGGAUAUUUCUUUACUCAUAAUUGCCUUUGCUUAUGUACUAAUUGUUGUUUAAAAUUCUUGGCUGCUGCAUAUUCAUAAUCAUUCAUUAUAACUUCAUAUUCACUCAUAGUAGCUGCUACAAAUUAUUAAUAUAACUCAGGUGUUUCAUGGCUGCCAUACAUUAAUAGUUCUGGAACAUUAAUCAUAGCCCCUCAGUGAAGGCUGCUUAGCAUAUUCAUCAUUCUGAUACAUUGAUAAACAUGACAGAUUUGUCCUAAUGUGAAAUUUAGAGCAGUUUAUAAAUGUGUGUGUGUGUGUGUGUGUGUGUGUGUGUGUGUGUGUGUGUGUGUGUGUGUGUGUGUGUGUGUGUGUGUGUGUGUGUGUGUGUGUGUGAUGCAUUGCAUUUUAUUUUUAGUCACACCUUUAGUUAUCAAUUAUUACACUUUUCAUGUGUGUAAAGUGCUUUGCAUAGGAUGUUUUGUACUGGUCUGUCACAAUAGUGAUGAAAAUCCAGCUAUCAUGUUGUUUAGUUUCUUUCCAUGUGUGAAUGUCAUAUUUUCCUAUGCACUGUUGUAAGUGUUCUGGGAUUGUGAUUUUUUUUUUAUUAUUAUUAUUUUAUCAAUUUAGUAUUCAAUACUAUUACUAUUACCAGUAUUUAUUACUAUUACUAUUACCAGACUUCAAUGCCAAGUUGUCAUGCCAUGCUGCACAACAAAGAUAUCUUAAGUAGGUAAUUGUUUUCUCAUUGUGAUAUGGUUACAAAUAAAGACUGGAUUAUU